AUGAAGAAGAUGAUUGGGGGUCCCGGAACAAUGAUUGGGCUAAUACUGAGAUUAGGGCAAUGUGCGACUGCUGCUGCUUCGAUCGGUGUUAUGGUUUCUGCUCCCGGCUUCUCUAGCUACACUGCUUUCUGCUUCUUAGUUGCAUCAAUGGGUCUUCAAAUGAUUUGGAGCUUUGGACUUGCGUGUAUUGACGUAUAUGCGAUUAGACGAAAAAGUGAUCUACGAAGCCCCAUCUUAUUGAGCCUAUUCACUGUUGGUGACUGGGUAACUGCACUUCUCUCUCUUGCAGCCUCGUGUUCAUCUGCAGGAGUUACAGUUUUAUUCACAAAAGACACUGAAUUUUGCAGGCAGACCACUCUCUCUUGCGACAGGUUUCAGAUUUCAGUCUGUUUAGCUUUCUUCAACUGGAUCCUAGCUGCUAUAACAUCUCAUACAAUGUUUUGGAUCUUGACAUGA